AUGGAAGCGGAGGGUUUUGUGUCCCGCCGAACGUCCGUGGAAACACCGGGCGUCGACAGCCGGGUUACUGGCGCUGCAGCCGGUGCAGGGUUCCGAUGGAUGGGCGGAAGGCUCCUGGACGCCACGGGAGGAUUCGUCGGGUCUCUUUCACCGAGAAUGGCCGGGGAACAGGGCUUUGCUCCGGUGUUGCAUCGAGCAACUCCCGAAACCUCGACCUCCGUCGAGCCAGAAAUAGACUAUGAAGGACUACCUCAGGAAGCAGCCACCACCACACACAUGUUGGCAGGAGCCGUGGCUGGAAUCAUGGAGCACUGCCUUAUGUACCCCAUCGAUUGUGUUAAGACUCGCAUGCAAAGCCUGCAUCCCGAGCCGGGGGCGCGCUACAGGAACGUGAUGGACGCCCUCCGGCAGAUUGUGCGGACGGAGGGUGUGUGGCGGCCAAUCAGAGGUGUGAAUGUGCUGGCGGUGGGGGCGGGGCCUGCCCAUGCUCUGUACUUCGCCUGCUACGAGAAGAUCAAGUUCUCGCUCAGCGAUGCCAUUCACCCCGGAGUCAACAGCCACUUUGCAAAUGGAGUGGCGGGCUGCAUGGCCACAGUGCUGCACGACGCCGCCAUGAACCCCGCCGAAGUUGUGAAACAGCGAAUGCAGAUGUUCAACUCUCCUUACCGGGGCGUGCUGGACUGCGUCGGGUCCUUGUGGCGGCACGACGGCCCGGCUGCAUUCUACCGCAGCUACACCACCCAGCUGACCAUGAACGUGCCCUUCCAGGCGCUCCACUUCAUCACCUACGAGUACCUCCAGGAGCUCCUCAACCCCCACAGACAGUACAACCCUUCCUCCCACGUUGUGUCGGGCGCGCUGGCCGGAGCCCUGGCCGCCGCUGCCACCACGCCCCUCGACGUCUGCAAGACCCUUCUCAACACGCAGGAGGCUCAGACCAUCCACGUGAUCCAGGCCGAGGCCGCGACCGCAUCCGGGGCGGUCGGCGCGGCCACCGCCUCCGGCAGCCGCCACAUCUCUGGCCUCGGCGAGGCCUUUCGGACUGUGUACAGAAUGGGAGGCGUGCCUGCCUUCUUCAAAGGCGUCCAGGCCCGCAUCAUCUACCAGAUGCCCUCUACAGCCAUCAGCUGGUCCGUCUACGAGUUCUUCAAAUACAUCAUCACCAAGCGCCAGCACGAGAGGCGGCUGCGUGGCGAUCGUGAAGGCGACAAAUAAACACCACGCUGUAAGAUUAGGUCUCAGCAAUGCAAAGGUUUAUUGCAGUCGAUCAGUUAUAUCACUAAACAUCUAAAGG